AUGAUUAUCGUGUUGCGUUCAAAUAACGUAGUUUACGUGCGUAACUGCGACGAUCGAGCCAGGAUCGAGUACCAAUUAUCGGAUCCGCACUUCGUGCAGCUCGGUUGGACUAUUCUGCCGGUUGCCAAAACUAUGAGGAAAAUCGCCAGAUAUCAAGCUAAGCCGGCGAAACCUCAUCUCGAUUGGUUCAAAAAGCACAGAUUGAACGGGAGGAUAUAUUACGACGAUGGAGUAACCGUCUUCGUGAAUUUUCUAUCUGACGGAUCGGCGGAAGUAUUCUACCCGCAGGGGGAAGUGGUGGCUAUUCGAUACCAGAGGCCAGGAAAUUGUAAAUACGAUAUGUAUACUGUAUUCAGCCCAGGGGGUAAGGAUUGCAUGGGCGUGGAGAGGAAAUCGCAGAUCGUCGCGGUAUUCGACACCAUCGGGAACGGCGUUGUCCUCGACGAGGACGGCGCGACGAGGCUGUCUUACAAUCAGAUCGGUGGAAUUUGGAGGGACAAUCCGACGGGAGUGCCGUUGAUUUGGAGGUGGGGCACGUACGAGCACGAGUCGGUCACAAAAAUAGUAUACGUGGAAAAGCCAACGGUUCACUUGGAGAAGCUCUUGCACACACCGAGGAAAAUAUUAAAGAGUACGGCAAGUACUAAGAGUACUAGCCCGCGAAAUAAAGAGAAAAAGGUCGAGGAACAGAAACCUGUUGUCGAGACGAACGCUGAACAAGAGGAAGGUGAAGAGGACGAGCUUGGGUAUAAACAGGCAUUAAAGACGUCGUCUCUUCGUAAUAGGAGCAAAUACGAAAUGCUGUUAAAAACUAAUGCAAAGUUGGAUAGUUGCUUGUAUGACGUAGCGAUGGAAUUUGAGAAAGUUAGGACAAUAGCCAGGCAACGUAAGUUCAUGAUGAACAAAUACAGACCGUACCUACGUGAAUGGUUGAAGUCUGGAACCAGAUGUCGUCCGAGAUGUAUAAAUUAAUAUCUUUCUACUGUAUCGAACUAAGAUUAAUUCAGUUAUAGUACUUAAUCG